CCAUCAAGUCCCCGUCCUACCCUCCACCUCCUUCAUCUCACUCUCUCUCUCUCCUCCUCCUCCUCCUCCUCCUCCUCUGUUGUCUUUUUAAUGUAACUUCUGACUGAUCGGGAGAGCAGGGAGCGCCUGGAAAGCCUGGUCGGGUGAUGAAGGAUCUGCUGGCACGCACGGAUCAAAACCGGACACGCAGAGAGAAACCAGAGGGGAUCAGACGUAGCUUUUUUUUUCUGGAAUAACGCUGCUGCUUCUCCUUGCGGAUUUCAGCUCUUGUUUUUUGUUUUUGUUUUAAUCUCUCGUGGAUGGUGAAGACCCACAAGCUGGAUUUCCCCUCUAUCGUCCGUCCUUCACUUGAUAAGUUAAAUAAUUGUAUCACGGUUAUCUAAUGCGCGCUGAGAUCCAUUUAAUUCUGUUGAACAAUGUUUCCCUGAACGUGCGCGAGAGAUUAAUGCCGACAAGCCGCGCGCGUUAAUUAUCCAGCAGGAGUAGGAGGGGGGGUGAGGGAGAAAGUUGGGUGCGCAUACUUUUGGAGACGGUCGGGAUGGCUAUGGUGGCGUGGAGAAACACCGAGGGUUUGGUGGUGGGGGACACCCAGGGGACCCUGUCCUCCCCGGUGUCCCAGGUGGCGCCGCUGUCUCUGUCCGGAGAGCUGGCGGGACGCAUCAACUCUGCGCCCUCUCUGGAAAUAACCCAGACAGGAGGAGGAGGAGGAGGAGCGGCGGCCCAGCACACCAACGCGUCCGGCUCGUCCGCCGCGACCACCACCACCAACAACAACGGCACCUCCUCUUCCUCCUCAUCCUCCUCAUCCUCGUCCAUGGACAAACAGCAGAGCCAGCAGAUCGAGUGCAUCGUGUGCGGGGACAAGUCCAGCGGGAAGCACUACGGACAGUUCACGUGCGAAGGAUGUAAGAGCUUCUUCAAACGCAGCGUCAGGAGGAACCUGUCCUACACCUGCAGGGCCAACCGGAACUGCCCCGUGGACCAGCACCACCGCAACCAGUGCCAGUACUGCCGCCUGAAGAAAUGCCUCAAAGUCGGAAUGAGAAGGGAAGCUGUCCAAAGAGGCAGGAUAGCCACGCAGUCCUAUCACGGCCAGUUCGCCCUGACUAACGGAGACCCGCUCCAGUGUCACUCCUACCUGUCCGGGUACAUCUCCCUGCUGCUCCGGGCCGAGCCCUACCCGACCUCCAGGUUCGGCUCGCAGUGCCUGCAGAGCAACAACAUCAUGGGCAUCGAGAACAUCUGCGAGCUGGCGGCCCGCAUGCUCUUCAGUGCGGUGGAGUGGGCCCGCAACAUCCCGUUCUUCCCGGACCUGCAGGUCCCGGACCAGGUGGCCCUCCUCCGCCUCACCUGGAGCGAACUGUUCGUCCUGAACGCGGCGCAGUGCUCCAUGCCGGUCCACGUGGCCCCGCUGCUGGCCGCCGCGGGCCUCCACGCCUCCCCGAUGUCCGCGGACCGCGUGGUGGCCUUCAUGGACCACAUCCGGGUCUUCCAGGAGCAGGUGGAGAAGCUGAAGGUGCUGCAGGUGGACUCUGCAGAGUACAGCUGCAUCAAGGCCGUGGUGCUCUUCACCACAGACGCCUGUGGUCUGUCGGACGUGGCUCACGUGGAAAGCCUCCAGGAGAAGUCCCAGUGCGCUCUGGAGGAGUACGUCCGGAGUCAGUACCCCAACCAGCCCAACAGGUUCGGGAAGCUGCUGCUCCGCCUGCCCUCUCUCCGCACCGUGUCGUCCUCCGUCAUAGAGCAGCUCUUCUUCGUGCGUCUGGUGGGUAAGACGCCCAUCGAGACCCUGAUAAGGGACAUGCUGCUGUCCGGGAGCAGCUUCAGCUGGCCUUACAUGUCCAUCCAGUAGAGGACACAAAAAAAGACACCGGCGCCGGUUUUGCCGAGGCCUCACGAACACGUCCCACAUCUCGGUCCGAGGGAUUCGUUUUCACGCUCGAUCCGAGCCGCUCCGGUUCGGUCACUAAAAUAAGAUAAGAAAGGUAAAAAAAAUCGUCUUUGUAAUUUGAAUACUUUCUUGAUAUCRGUGGAGUGAUCUGCCUUAUUCAAGAAAGCUCCCAAAAAAAAAAUGAGCUGACUUUACUGCUGACGUGAAACGAUCUGACCCAGCUCAGAGUUUUUACCUGUAAACAAAGAAACAAGAUUUUAUGACGAUAAAUUUUUUUUUCUUUUGCUUUUGUUUUAAUUGUGAUGACCUCUCACAGUCUACGGACAGCUUAUGGUUUUUGAAAUAACAAACAGUAUUUAUUGGACCUGUGUGUAUAUUUAUGGUGUUUGUAAUUUAUGUUUUGGAUCUUUUUACGUAUUCCACCCCGGGUUGAUGGGAAAACUGCAGGGAGCCUGUUGUGUUGAUCCGUUCUCUUUUGUUUAUGUUGUUGUUUUCAUAUCCUCUCUAAAAGAGCACUUUGGACUUAAAUAAACAUUUCUAAAAACAUUUACCACAAUGUGUCUGAAACCUGUAACACGUCCUGACGAAAACAUCAGAUUCUAAAGCAGCAGCAUUAAAGCAGUUAUUACAUUUUAGUGUUUAAUUUAAAAAAUAAUUUACAAUAAACAACAAAACAAUAAAGACAUUAAAAGAAAGCAUUACCUUUCUACAAAAAUGUUUCUUUUAAACAAAUCAGCUAAAAUAUUUAGUUGGUACAUUUGAACAAUUGACUGUUUCCUUAAAAAAUAAAUAAUUGAAGCUGCUUAUUUCUACUGACUUUUACAGAUUUUAAGCGAUGAAUGUUGUUAGAAUUUUUUUAUUUAUAAUUGGAGGAUUUAAAGUCAGAAGUUCUCAUCACUGUUAUUUUUCAAAAAACUUUCUCAUGAGCUCCAGGACAGACGCAUCACCGACUACUAACAGUUUUAUGUUUUCAGGACGUAGACACGGCCGGAUCGGAUAAAUCCCUGCAGUUCCCUAACAGGAUGAACUGAGUGUUUAUUUGUGUUUACUUCUUUUUUUUCUGAACACUCUGAUGUACUGUGAAAGUUAACAUACUGUACCGUAWUAAAUUAUAACUCAAGGUUUAUAAAAUAAAAAAAGAAGUGUUUUAAUUUGCCUGAUGGAGCUGCAGCGUUUGAAAAGUCUGACGUUUGCUUUAAGUGUUUUUAAGGUCUUAAAAGUGCGGAAAACACGGAGGGAAUAAUAUUUGUGUUUCCACACGUUCCUUCUUUUUUCUAAAAAUAAAAAUACAUGCAAAUCUGA